AGCAACGAACAGCAGAAACGAUACUUCUGUCUUUCUUUUUUUCUCCCCUCUUUUCCCACUUCUGUUGUCACCGGUGUACCCUACACGGGUUCCUCGCGGUACAUCUGAAUACUCCGCUACACCAGCCACCAUUUUUUGUUCGCUGUAUCGUAAAUGCACCGCCGUGUUCGUCUCCUGUACCUCGAGUUCAUGUAUCUCCUGCCCCAACUCGACAGCUUUUUCACACCACGAGGCACGGCAGCAGCGACAAACGCCAAUUCUAGGCCACCAUCACCGACGCUGUCACGCCCGUUCUUCCUACGGGUCGCAGACGAUCAUCCAGUCUGCGUACCGCUUCGACGCGGCAGGGCGGUGGAGUUCCGCACGCGUCGUCAAGAGAAAAACGAAGGCGCCGCAGACGCUGACGCAGCAUCGGAGCGAAUGGUCGUCUUCAAGCUGCAGACAAGUGAGGAGGUGAAGAUGCUAGACGCAUACAUGCCGAAGGGCUGGGAAAACAAUCGUAGAGUUUCUGCCUCGAAUUUGUCGGCGCAGCCUCCGCAGCUCUCAGCGGAGGCGGAGUACCGCGCCCACGUGCAGCAGCUUUUCUACGCGAACGCGUUGGUGCCGGUCGACGCGGCGGAGUGGAAGCGCUGCCUCGCUCGCGGCCGCUACGAGCUGCGCGGCAUCCAGAACGUGCUGCAUGUCCGCAAAUAUCGCGCGUUAAACAAGCGCUACGGGUGGUCCUCGCAGCUCUCUCGCACGGAGCUGGAGGCGGUUUGGGCAGGUGACAUGGCGCAGGUGGAGCAGGCACUGCUGGGUCUGUCGAACAAAGACGUCUACGGUUACGCAGAGUCGGCGGAGAGGGAGGACGAGGAAGUGGCGGCCCCGUAA